CGAAGCUCUUUUUAUUCUCCAACGAGCCCGACAACCAGCACUUCCUCCAUAGAUUUCUCGUUUUCGCAAAGCGUCUGUUUUCGCGUUUUCCUCAUUUAUCUAUCCUUCCUUUAGAGCAAUUUCAGCUGCGCUGAUCUUCCGUCAAAAUGUUAAUCAAAGUCCGCACCCUGACCGGCAAGGAGAUUGAGUUGGAUAUCGAGCCUGAUUACAAGGUCUCCAGAAUAAAGGAACGCGUCGAAGAGAAAGAAGGCAUUCCCCCGGUCCAGCAGCGACUGAUUUUCGGCGGAAAGCAGAUGGCGGACGACAAAACAGCCUCGGAAUAUAACCUUGAAGGCGGUGCGACACUGCAUCUUGUCCUUGCGCUUCGUGGCGGUUCACUGUGA